AUGAGCACGAGGAGCAGAAGGAUAUGUUAUGGAGAAGUGGUGCCAUUUAUGGUGAUGACAUUUCUGCAAUGUGGGCAAGUGGGUUUGAGUACUCUGUUCAAGAAAGCUUCCCGUGACGGAAUGAGCUAUAUGGUCUUCAUCUUGUACUCCUACACCAUUGCCGGCCUCGUUCUACUUCCUUUCUCCUUACUCUUCGAAAGAAAUAAGAAGUUGCCCCGGCUCAACAAACAGAUAAUUGGCAGAUUCAUUCUACUUGGGUUUCUCGGAUAUGUGACUCAGAUGCUUGGGUUCAAGGGGAUUGAGUACAGUUCUCCAACAAUGGCUUCCUCUAUGAGCAACCUCACUCCCGCCAUCACCUUCGCGCUCGCUGUACUAUUCAGGAUGGAGAAGGUAGACAUUGGAAGUUUAAGCAGCCGGGCCAAAAUCCUUGGUACAUUACUCUCAAUUACAGGAGCAUUGGUGGUGGUGUUAUAUGAGGGACCCACCGUGAUUAGGACUUCCAUGAACUCUGGUUUAUCAUCACCAUCAUCAUACCAAUCUCUGAAUUCAGAGCACUCCAAUUGGGUCAUCGGCGGUCUUCUUCUGAUUGGAGACUACAUCUUAUUCUCCGUUUGGUACAUUGUUCAGACCCAAGCUGUUCAGGAAUUCCCGGAGCUACUUCUGGUAUCCAUAUACAACUUAAUCGUGGCAGUAAUUGCCGCACCAUUUACGAUUAUCGCAGAACCGCACAUCAGCGCAUGGACAAUGAGCUCUAAAAUGAUGACCAUUGUGAUCGCAUAUAACGGACUAUUUGGAAGCUCAUUUGCCACAGUCCUGCUGACAUGGGGUCUUCAUGUUAAGGGACCUGUAUACGUGGCUUUGUUUACUCCAUUUUCAAUUGUCAUCGCAGCAGUCAUGAGUGUUAUAUUCCUCGGCGAUUCUCUCUAUCUCGGAACGUAUGUAUAACCCUUUUAUGUGAUCUGUUCUUUUCAGAAGCAACUAUAUAUAAUCCUGUAAUUCUAGUAUUGACUGACUGAAUUGUUUUAAAAACCAAUGAAACCUAAUGCAGGGUGAUUGGAGCAGUUAUAAUGUCGCUAGGGUUUUAUCUUUGCAUUUGGGGAAAGGCAAAAGAAGAGCAGACGGAAGAGGAGGAGUUCAGCUUCGAUUCAGGACAUGCUCAACGUGCUCCUCUGUUACAGUGAAAUUCAGACUGGGAACCGUAAGAUAAAUGGACAGACAGAAAGUCAAUGUUCCAGUUCUUAUUGCAAUAUGCACCAAAGAUGCGACUUUUUUCUGUGCCCCUUUCAUGUAUUUAGGCCAUUUUUAAGCUUCGUCAUUUGUUAAUUUGUUGCCAAUAGUCAACGCUAGCUGCUACUUUCGAACCAUGAAUACACCUUAAAUAUGUAGUUAUACGCUACCUUCUUAUUGUUUUUCAAUAAAAAGAACCCGUCCUGCAACAUAAUCAAAGACUAAAAUCGAU